GCAGCCGGAGCAGCCCGGAGCCCGGGAGCAGCGGCGGCCGCGCAGUGUCUUCCCUUCGCCGCCGCGGGACCCCGGAGCGCGGGCGGGCGGAGCGCCUGGGCCCCUGCGCCGCCGGCUCGGCGGGAGCACCAUGCAGCUGCAGUUCCGGAGCUGGAUGCUGGCCGCGCUCACGCUGCUCGUGGUCUUCCUCAUCCUCGCGGACAUCUCGGAGAUCGAGGAGGAGAUCGGGAAUUCUGGAGGCAGAGGUACAAUCAGAUCAGCUGUGAACAGCUUACAUAGCAAAUCUAAUAGAGCCGAAGUUGUAAUAAAUGGCUCCUCAUCACCAGCUGUUGAUAGAAGUAAUGAAAGCUUGAAGCUCAGCAUCCAGCCAGCCUCGGCCACCUGGAGACACAACCAGACACUGUCGCUGAGGAUCAGAAAGCAGAUUCUGAAGUUCCUGGACGCUGAGAAGGACAUCUCUGUCCUCAAGGGGACCCUGAAGCCCGGCGACAUCAUUCACUACAUCUUUGACCGUGACAGCACGAUGAACGUGUCUCAGAACCUGUACGAGCUGCUGCCCCGGACGUCGCCGCUCAAGAACAAGCACUUUGGGAGCUGCGCCAUCGUGGGCAAUUCCGGCGUCCUGCUCAACAGCGGCUGCGGCCACGAGAUAGACACGCACAGCUUUGUCAUCAGGUGCAACCUGGCACCGGUGCAGGAGUAUGCCCGGGACGUGGGGCUCAAGACAGACCUAGUGACCAUGAACCCCUCAGUCAUCCAGCGGGCCUUCGAGGACCUGGUGAAUGCCACGUGGCGGGAGAAGCUGCUGCAGCGGCUGCACAGUCUCAACGGCAGCAUCCUGUGGAUCCCCGCCUUCAUGGCCCGUGGCGGCAAGGAGCGCGUCGAGUGGGUCAAUGCGCUCAUCCUCAAGCACCACGUCAACGUGCGCACCGCCUACCCCUCGCUGCGCCUGCUGCAUGCCGUCCGCGGAUACUGGCUGACCAACAAGGUCCACAUCAAGCGCCCCACCACUGGCCUCCUGAUGUACACCCUAGCCACUCGCUUCUGUAAUCAGAUCUACCUCUAUGGCUUCUGGCCCUUCCCACUGGAUCAGAACCAGAACCCUGUCAAAUACCACUACUACGACAGUCUCAAGUAUGGCUAUACCUCCCAGGCCAGCCCCCACACCAUGCCCUUGGAGUUCAAGGCCCUCAAGAGCCUGCACGAGCAGGGGGCUUUGAAAAUGACCAUGGGCAGGUGCGAUGGGGCCACGUAAGAGGGCUCCUGGGGACUCAGUGGCUCACAUUUCCUGCCGUCUACACCACAGGCAGAUAGAUGGGAGUCGGGAUGGCACAAACUCUAGAAACAGCAGGCUAGUGGUUUUCUUUGUUCAAGUGUAAAACAGUGACCAGAAUAUAUCUCUCUCUCUACCUGCAUAUAUAUAUGGACCUGAGUAUUUAUAACUGUGUGGUGUUCACCUAGCAUUAGGCAGAAAAGCCACAGGAAGAAGGUGUGGACAGCCCACCGGAAUAGGAUUGAGACUCUAUCUUGGGAGGGAGUGUGGUAGGACUCGACAUGAAGAGAAGCCAAUCCCAGGAUUUUGACACAGUACCCAUUGGUGUGGAGGGUGCUUGGACUCGGGGGUGAAUGGAGAGAUGUCCCUAGCUUCUGAAGCCUGUGGAUUCUGGGUAAACCAAGACCCUAGGAGACCAGUUAACCCAAGUCUACAAAAAUGGCACCGUUCAUGGAGAGUGGGAGUUUGGAGCGUUCCAUGGGGCGGUGGAGCACUAGGCACCAAGGCCACCUCAGCUGAGGCCUUGCUCUGUGAACAUGAGUGACCGGCUGAGUCAGCCAGAGCCAGCAGCACACCAUGGACCAAUCACCCUCAGGCUUAACAAGAACCACCCAGAAUCUGGACCCAAAACAGUUGAUAGGGAGGAGCCAGGUGUCCCAGGUCCUGUUUUGAGAAAUCAGCACCUUUUUCUAAUGUAAGUGACCUAUGGCAGAACAAGGGAGAAGAGUGGCCAACCUAGCAGUCUGUAGGUGUGUGUUAAACCAGGCUGAAUUGUUACAAGGUAAAAGGGACUCUGAGAAUUCACCUCCCUCCUGCCCUGGUAGAAUGUCACCCCAAGGACUGCACUGCCCCCUUCUGCCACCAGAGAAGCCACAGCAAAAGCUUGAAAGGGCACCAUCAAAAUAAAUGCCAACCUUUAGAGAAACAGCUCUGAUCGCCUUGUGGGCGCCUCCAGAGCCCCCGAAUAUGUGACCUGACAGAAUGCUGGUCCCUGGAGUGCUACCUCCCUGUCACCACUCUCUGUUUGCUUUCUGCACCAUAUGCUCCGGGGGCCUUUGCAGCCCGACUGCUGGGUCCAUGUCACUUUUUGUGUCACUCUGGCCAGCAACUGAGCUUCACAACGACGUUGAGGUUCCCAGCUCUGCGGGAGAGAGGUUCUGGCGUCCACCCCUACACCCUUCGUCCCUAGCCCCCACUGAGGCAGCAAGUUCAGGAUUUUACAAAACCUGUUGUUCCCCUCUGAAGAUUAAUACUUAAAAAAAAAAAAAAAGACUCAAAACCAAACACAGUAUAUGAAUACUGGGCAGACUGUCCCUUGGGACAGCUGGGCUCGGCCAGCUGCUCAGGAGUCACAGGCCACAUCGGACAUGCCGCUAGCCGACUCCAUUUGCGAGACGUAUUCCCUCGGCUGAUAAAUCACAGUGUUCUAAAGCAUACUUGAAAGAUAAGUAAAAAACCAUUAUCCAGAAGGUGAAGGGAGUUAAGGAAAGUAAUCAAGAUCUGCUAUGAGACCGGACAUAAUUAAUCAAAGGCGACAGAGAACAAGAUAUUUCCCCCAAAUUAAUGGCUUCCAGGAAGCAAGCAGAGGUGGUGGGGACACUGGUGACCCAAUAUCCAGACAUUUCAGCCACAGAUUCUGUCAACAAUGCAACAUGGCUGUGUUUCUGUCCUUGCUACUGGUUUGGUGGUUGCUGGAAGCCUAAGAUGGGGGUUUGCAUCAUAAAAGGAGUGUGUGAAAAAGCAGCCUCUGUGGGAGCUAAAUGGUUUGGACUCACUCCUCCAGGAAAAGAAAGAAGUGGAAAAGGAGCACAGUCUUCCCUUAUACUCCUCUCCCUUCCAGGCUCUCCAAGGCAAUUGGGAGACAUUUGAUUUUUGAAGCUUGUCGCUUGGCACCCAGGUGUAUAGGCAGGAUGACCUUGCAGUUUGGAAUGUUCCAGAGUGGGGUGGGGGCAUGUCAGGUCCUGGAGUUGGCCCUGCUCUUGUCUACACUCUUCCCAGCAGGGCGGUAAAGGGUCAGGGCUCUUAGGAAAUUGUGGCUUUUUCUUUUUUCUUUUUUCUUUUUUUUGGCAGGGGGUGUUUGUUUUCAUUAGAGAACUGCCUUAUGGUGGUGCUGGGGAUUGACUCUGAGACCUUGGAGCCUCAGACAUGAAAGUCUUUUGCAUAUCUACUCUGCUAUCUCCCUGGCCUGAUCACGGUUUCCCUGAUAUGCAUGGGAGGGAGGGGCGUUGGUCAGGAGGGGUCCAUCCUUGGAGCUGAGUUCAGUGAGAUCCAUCUCUAGGCAGCAGCCAGCACAGGUCAGCUGCUGGAGGGUUCAGGAUACCGGCCAGUGCUGCUCUAGCCUGACCCCUACCUAAUAAGAACCGCAGCCACAGGCUUCCCAGGAGUGAUGACAGCCAGCCCCCCUCAGAUGCUCCACCAAGCCCAUCAGGCCUCCUCCAUUUGUCUCCAGCCCCCAGGUGGCCUCCUUGGAUGAGGAGCUGGAACCUGUGAAAUAAGGCCUCUCCUCAAAACCUUCUGAUCUCCCUCCUUCCUCCCAGUUCUGGGAGAUGAUGCCAGCAGCAUCUCCCCACUUGUCCUCAGCAUCCCGGUGCCAGCUCCAUCUCCUCUGCCCACUGGUACCCACUCACUCCCUCACCCUGCUCCUGCAUUCUCCUACCUCCAUUUAUGCCCACAUCUGAGAUGUGUGGCCUUUGCCCCCCACCCUGGGUCCAGCUGCCCAGUGGUCUCCACACAGCUGCAUGCAAGGCCCCUUCUCAGCACCAGGCUCUCCACCAUCCCUGGCUCCACAGCACCCCCUCCUGGUCACUCCCUGCCCCUUGUGCCCCCAAGAUGCUGUGUUCUCAUGGUUUUUCUCCUCCCUUCCAAUGCCGCAUCCUGCUUUAUUUAUGUAUUUAUUUAUUAUUUAUGUAUUUAAUUUAUUUAUUGACAUCUUGAUCUCAAGAGGCACUAGGAUAACACUGACCUAGAUUUCCCUUUCUGCUUUUUACCCCCCAGCAUGCACCCCCACACCUCCCAGAUGAUCAAGCUCCAUUAACACAUUGCCCCUUGGACACAUUCCACCCCACCCUCAACUGCUCCAGCAUCAGAUAAACUCAUCGCACCUUAAGCCGAGUCAGCAUCCUGUCUCUCUUCCCCUCCCUUCUCUGCUCAAAGACUCAUGAUGUUCCCAACCACCCAUUUCUGAGACACUACAGUCAUCUCAGAGUCUCCCCCACCCAUGCCCCUGCUGGUGCUCCCCAUCAGUCCCCCACCCCUGCCAGCUCUGCUUGUCACCUGGGCAAUGUGCAGUCUUUUCCCACGUUCCCCUGCAUGCUUGUCUAUCCUCCACUCCACCCUCAACCUGCAAGCUCAUUUUCACCUCCAGCCAUUCACAAACCCUUAAAUGACCCCCUGGCCCACAAAAUAACACACAGGCCCUAAUUCUGACAUUGCAGACCCAGUGAAACUUCAUACUUCCUGUGUCCCCCACCCUGCUGUCCACCUAGAAGUGAUUUACUUCCUGCAUGGAAAGGCACCCCGUCUUCCCGUCUCUGUGCCUUUGUUCUUGCUGUCCUCCCCUGGAAUGCUCUCUCCUGUUUCCUGCGAGACCCACACAGAAGCCACAUCUUUCAUGCAGCCCUCUCUGAUUUGCCAACCACUGGGGUCUCUCCUCUGCUAAACCACCAUAGCACUUUAUUUGUACCUUUCUCAUGGCACUUACCAUGCUCUGCCUUGUAUUAUAGUUGCCGUGCACCUGUCCUCUGGCUGUCCUUAGUCUGUAAGCUCGCCAAGGGCAGGGACUGUGUUUUAUUCAUCGUGUCCAUCCCAGCACCAAGGCUAGUGCAUAGCACACAGCAGGUGCUCAAUAAAUGUUUGUUGGAUCCAGA